CUUGGUACCAGGUUGCCGAAGGAGGUCACCCGGUCACCCAGAUGAGGUUCCUUGCCCGUUGUUACCUCCGCACCUCGGCCAAUGGCGUGGCACCUCAUCGUCGCCGUGGCCAAUCCUGUCGCCAGUUUUCGUGCCGACCGCCAACCGAUCGUCGAUCCGAGACCCGCGGCCGGCUUUGUGGCCAGAUUUAAGCUUCUUCCUUGCCGGUCAGGAUCUCCAGCUUCUUCAACGUGCGUAUAUCCUUUUUGACAGUUUUCCAACCGGCAGUGUCUCGAUCGACGCGUUCAGCCUAGCUCUGCUCAGCGAGGAUUUUUCAUUCGAAAGAAACGAAAAAAAGGAAAAGAAAGACGGGAACAACGCGAUGAGGUGCACGAUCCUGGUGUUGCUGACCACCGCCGUCGCCCUGGUGUCUUCCGCUGGAUUGCUCGAGACCCUGCUCUCCUGGGAACUGCCGGAUGCCGUGGGCAGAUCGACCGCUCCUCAGUCGCAAUGCUUGUGUCAAACCUCGAAUUGUUUGUGCUGCGUCGAUCUGAAUCUGACGGCGACCAUCGAUCUCGGAGGUCCUGCUUGCAUCAACGUCAAACAGAAGGAACAGAACGUCUCGUUGAACCUGAGCUACGGUGACAAUCCAGUGCACAAUGCCACCAUCAGGAUCGCUGACGCGGCGAACAGACCAACCUGCAUGAAUCUACUGUCGGAUCUGGCGCAGAUAUGCGCGAAAUUCACGUCGAUGAAGCAGGCGGAGGCUGGAUACGAUGGUUGUCUGGUGAUCGAGCCAGCUUUACUGGGAACACCCCAAGCCACCUAUCCCAUGGGAUGCUUCAAUUUCAACCAAGUGGUGCGCCAGGUUGAAGCUUCUGCCAUCAUCGAGACGACAGAGGCGACGGACAGUUCCGAAGAGGAGGAUGACUCUCUGAACACCGACGAGCUGAUCGCGGCGGUGUCAGCCAGCGCGGAGCAGGGUAUAGCUUUGUUUUCUCAAUGGCUGGGUCUCAAUUUGAAUCCGAAACUAAAUUUGACCAGCAAGAACAACAAUCAAGAGACCAAUCAACGAGCAAUUCCGUCCACGACCUCCAGGUCCGCUCGAGCUCAAUGGGAUCAAGAAGAGAAGAACGACGAACGAUUCAAACAGUUGCUCAGCGCACAGGAUAAUAUCCUGAAGGGUUCGGCUAUGAUCGGCCAAUCGAACGGUGCUGAAACCACGUUCGUUUAUUCGAAACCCCCCGAGCUAUUGUCUGAGAAAAUCUCGGACGGGAGGAGGGUCGAUGAAAUGAAAAUCGCCCCUCAACACCUGGCCGUGGUACCGAAAGAGUCUAGACGAGGCGGUAGAGCGUACAACAUUCAUCAACACGUAAAUGAAAUUUGAAAAGAAUAAUUUUUCAUUCGACAAGACGAGGGUGAAAGUUAUAAUUUCGUAGAGUUUAGGAUAUCGCACGUAGACUGUACACGAUCAUUUAGGUCAAGAGCUAUCGUUCUUUUUUCCCCAGUAUUUUAUCCUCCCUUGCAAUUUUAAAUCGUGCAAAAGAAGAUUAAAAAAUAUAUUUUUGUAUAUUUCGUUUUUCUAAGCAAGGUUUCUGGAUCUGCUCCCAUCUUCUUCAUACUAUUAAUUCGAUCAAUAAUCCUUCGAAUUUCGACGAAUGAUUCUAAAAUAUCGUUCGUUCAUUUCUAGUAGGCUGAAUCGAUCAUUUCUCUGAUCAGCCCUGUCAGAAUGAUCUCUCUCGUAAUUGUGAUCGUCUUUCUCUUCUUGUCUUCGCGAAGAUUUGAUUUUAUUCGAUGCAUCAUCAGCGGUUGUUCUACCUUUACGCGAACCAAGUGAACGUAGGAUUAUACAUUGUAAAAGUAACAUACAGUUUGAAAAGAAAUGGUAAACUCGCGUCCAUUAUGCGAAAUAUUUAUUUGUUUUUUUUCGACCCCGCAUAGUAAAUAGAAAAUACAGCAACGUUUCUUCGAGUAGUUCGUAUGCAUGCGACAACAUCGACGGUAAAACAUGUAUAAACGUUGUCGAGCGACAAAGAUGGUUGUUGUUCUUUUUUUUUUUUGUUUAAUAAAAAAAUAAUCGUACUACCUAUUCGCGUGUACAGACACGUAUAUAAUGUACGCACGUGUACGUAGAUGAUCGGACAGAAUGAAUUCAAGUGAUCGAUACCAUUGUUCAUCGAUCGGGUAAAUUGAAGAAAAAUCAAUCGCUGAUAAUUAUCGUCAGGGUAAAUUUUGUAAUCGCAUUUUUGUAACCGGGACCAAUUUAAUAAAACCAAAAAGAAA